CACCACAUCUCCAUCGACUUCCCUCCCACUACAGUAUUUCCACAACAAACUACCCUCGCUACCUACCUCUCCACUAAGCACUAUUCCUCACUUUCUAACCCAAUCCUUAAGAUCUCCAAUUUAAUUCCACCAGUUUAUUCACAGGAAAUCAUGGCGCCGCCAAAGGAAUGGAGUAAUUAUUUACCCGCCGCCCUUCCACCUGCUAGAAAUGUCGAGUCAGAACUAACUGUUUCGCACAGACGAUGAGGAAGAAUCCAGCUCGGAAGAAGAAGUAGGCCGCAUUGCCCCCCGAGUAGCCGCAAAGAAGAAAUGGGAUGAUGAAGAUAGUGAAGAAGAGGUUCACUCACUCUCCCCUUCCCCCCCAGCACCCGAGUCCAAACACUCACACCCCCCACCAACAGGUCCUAGAAUCCUGGGAUGCGGCCGAAGACUCGGAAGAAGAACGCAAAAAGGCCAUAGCUAAACAAGCCGCGGCAGAAAAAGCCGCCGCCGAGGCCAUCGCAAACAAAAAGUCCAAGGCCCAACGCAUCGCCGGAAGACAGGCCGAAAACGCUGCGCAGAGGGAGGCCGCUGCCGCCGCCCGCGAAUUCGACGACAUGGAGGAUGAGACGCCGGUAGAGCGUCGGGCUCGUGAGGAGCGAAUGCGCAUCGAGGGGGACUUAGCGCACGCAACUGACCUGUUCGGCACGGUGGGUGUCGGGGCCGGUAGCGGCGGGACCAAGGGGAAACCGAUCACCACCGGGGACCCGGAGGAUCCCACUAAGGCUAUUGAUCUGUCGUCGUUGCCAAUGUUCGCGCCGAAGGGGAAGGAUGAGUUCACGCAGCUUAGGGAUGUACUUGUCCCGUUGCUUGUCGCGAAUAGUAAGAAGGCACAUUACUCGCUCUUCCUGCAGGAGUUUGUGAGGCAGUUGGGGAGGGACAUGUCAUCUGAGCAAGUGCGCAAGGUCGCCACUGGGCUGACCGUUCUCGCAAAUGAAAAGCAGAGGGAGGAGAAGGCGGCGGAUAAGGGUGGGAAGAAGACUAAGGCGGCGAAGGGGAAGACAACUCUCGCGGCGACUGGCAAGGAGGCGGAUAAGUUUGAUACGACAGAUUAUCUCGAGUCGGCGGGGUAUGACGACUUGUCAGUGCAUCCUUCCUUUCCUCACCUCGUCCAAUGACGGAAGGCAGACUAACGAACCAUAGUGAUGACUUUAUGUAACGCGCUUCCGUGGUUGGAAUGAGGUGUGCUCGGGCUGGGAUGCAGAGGCGAGGUAAUUCCCGAGGAGGAAUUCUCUAUGGUAUCGGCCCAGGCCGCUGUGCUUUCCAGGUUAUAA